UUGUUUUCACAUUCUGACAUUUGCCAGAAUAUACUCUGUGUUGAUGCUUCUUGCACAAAAUUGAAUAUUCUCGGUUGUACAAUCGUUUCAAAGUAGCACUAAGUUCGUUAAGCCGUUAAUACGAGAUUCGUCCUCAAUUGGUAUCCGGUUCAAUUUGUGUAGUGGUUUCGUCCCUGUCAAAAUUUAUCUAGCGGGCAUUCACAUCUUCACCAGUCGUAAUCAGGAUGGCCAAAGUACAUAUCACAAACGUUGUGGUGCUGGACAAUCCGAGCAGCUUUCUCAAUCCAUUCCAAUUUGAGCUAACAUUUGAGUGUAUCGAAGAGUUGAAGGAGGAUCUGGAGUGGAAAAUGAUCUACGUAGGAUCAGCCGAAUCGGAAGAGUUCGAUCAGGUCCUCGACACAAUCUAUGUUGGUCCGGUACCAGAGGGGAGACACAUUUUUGUGUUCCAAGCAGAUUCUCCCAAUGUGGCGCGUAUUCCGGAGCAAGACGCGGUUGGAGUGACGGUUGUUCUUCUCACAUGUUCAUAUCGUGGUCAGGAAUUCGUGCGAGUCGGCUACUUCAUAAACAAUGAAUACUCGGAUCCAGAGCUACGAGAAAACCCCCCGGCAAAGCCAUUGUUUCACCAAAUGACCCGUAACAUUCUUGCCUCCAAGCCCCGAGUGACACGAUUCAAAAUCAAUUGGGACGAUGCGUCAUCGAGUAAUACCGGAUCAACGAAUGGCAUUGAGGGAGAGAAUGGGAUGUCAGCUGAACACAGUUCCGGUGAUGCUCAAAUGGAUGCUGCUUCAACCACUGCCGGAAUGAUGUCGGAGGUGCCACAUGAUGAGAACAGUAUGGCACUACCGCGAGAAUUUAACGAAAAUUCAAACUCGCUCGCGAUGGAAUGCUGAAUAGAAAUGCUUUUACUAGAAUUAUUUGUUUUCCAUUUUUUCAGUUGUUUUAGAUUGAUGCGGAACCCUAUUAAAGACUGCUGCCGAAUCGUAGCGCGUCACAUUUUGUUGUUUUUGUUCAUGCAAUCACAAAAUUUGUAGUGAUGAUGGUUAUCUGUUCAACUUAGUUGAUUUGGAUUUUGAAUUAGAUUAACCGCAUUGAAAACAGGUGAAGAACGUAUCAAACGAUUAGAGUAAAAGUUGUAAAUAUACGAUAAUUAGUAAUAAAAGGUAUUUUCAUGACACCAAUUUUUUCCUAACUUA